AUGGUGAACCUUCGAUGGUUGAAUCCAAGUGAAGACAAGAUAAACUUUGAAUCUUUUGUAAAAUUUUCAAACAUUUGUUUCAAGUUGGUUUUCUUCACUUACCGUCCACUUGAUGAAGCUUCAUCUUUCGUGAAGAAAAUCGUUUACGCUGCAAGGAUAAUUUUAUCAAUAAUAACUUUAUUUGGUAACGGAUUAAUAGUGACGAGUUUAACACUUUUCUCUUUGCUUGAUGCGUCAGACAUUUUGGAAGCUUCAGCAAAUGUUCCUUUUGUUUUUACGGAACUUUUAAUCGCAGUGCGAAUUAUUGUGAUUUUAUUCAGUAAACAAAAAGUUUGGAUGAUUUGCAACGAAUUGAAAUCCCUCGAGUUGAAUCGGGAAAGUAAAUUUAAGAAAUUUGUGAAGGAGAAUUUGAAAGAAUAUUUGCGUUUUAUCACAACGUAUGUCAUAGUUAUGGUGGGUGUGAUGGCACCUAUUGGCUUUCCUAUGAUCCAAUUCUUAAUCAACGGAACAAUAAGCUUUCAGAUCAACCAUUGGACUCCCUACGAUUCCCACACACCCGGAAACUUCCUUCCAACGUCAUUAUUUAUAUUUGUGUUUGCAAUAAAUUGCAUGUUCUACAUGAUGGGAACAGAUUCGUUACUUUAUUCGUUGAUGACAGUUGUUGCGAUGGAAUUCAACAUUUUGAAGAUUGAUUUCACUCAAUUAAAGUCUUUAACGAAUGAUGAAAGAAAUAAGAAAAUUAACGAGUUGAUUGCAACACACAACAAAUUGUUGGAACUUGCUGACGAUCUUCAAUCAAUUUAUGGAUUCUUUCUUUUAUACAAUUUCUUAACAAGUUCAUUGAUGAUGUGCUUUUUAGCUUUCCAAAUAUCUACAGGUGGUGAUAUCGGUUUUUACGCUUCAACAAUAGCAAUGGUGGGAGGUCAAGUUCUGUUGCUUUGUUUCUAUGGACAGAAAAUAUUGGAUUCAAGUUCAGAUGUUGCCAGUGGGGUUUAUGAAUGUGGUUGGGAAGAAUUUAAGGACAAGUCACUGAAAAAGAAAUUGCUGUUGGUAAUGAUGAGAGCGCAGAAUAGCAAGAAACUCACAGCAAUGGGAUACGUAGACAUUUCACUGAGAACUUUUACAACUGUGAGAUGA